AUGUAUCGCCCGUCCACCAGACACCUCGUCCCCUCGCGAUCUGCUUUACGGGUUCUGCGACGAUUAGCAUUAGCAGGUUCUACUGCCAGUGUCAUUGGAAGCGUAUGCACCGUUGCUACGAUUACAUACGAGGUGAAUCGGAGAGUGCGAUUAGCGGAACACCUGGUCGAGCAAAAGCGAACUCUCGAAUCGUCAUGUCCCAAUUACAGCACAUCUGGACGGGGUUUAGCGGUGGAGAGAAUGAUGGAGGCUGCAGAGGCGGGGGAAUUCUUGGGCCUCGACUCGAUAAAAAAAUCCCCAUCUGUUGAACACCGAGCUCGAAGUCCAAGUACGGCACGAAUAGACACACUUCCAAACGAAAGCCGAGAAAAUACGACACCAUCAGCAAUCUGGACGCCUGGAAAUAAACCCGAGAUACCAAGUAUUGCUUCGACCAACAAUCCUCCUCCGAAAAGUCGUCGACACAGCUCACUAGAUCUGAGUGCCCGAUAUUCUCACCCCCGCGGCAUGAUGAAGUUUGGUGGCUCUUCAUUAAAUAUAUCUCCAUCGGACCAAUAUCAAAAUUGGAAAUCAAGGAUUGAAAAUCAUUUAAAACAAGGCCAACCGAUUGAAGCUGCACACCAUUUUUUGCGCCCACCUGGAGACUUUGCUGAGGGGAAUAUGGAGGCCCUAAAGGAACUGUCUACCAGGAUAUUUAACGAAAACUUGAAAGCUGGCAAUACAUCACUUGCAGGAGGUAUAUUUCGAUGGGAUGAGAGGAACGGCCAAGUAACUUCAAAUUCAUGGGAGGCAUUACUCCUAGCACAGGGUUCGCGAUGGAGCGCUGAUACCCUUGCAUCGCUCUAUCUACGCCACGCUGACCGCUUUGAAUUAUCAUAUCAACUUCGAUCCCUAGUUUUACGGUCCCUUGUUGAUUCCUAUCGUCUCGGAGAAGCAAAGCAGUUUAUUUUCAGGUACCUGAAAGAUGAUAACAGCUGCGGUCUAAGUGCAAUUUACUUGGGCGGCCUUUAUACAAAGAGCCGUAACAUGGAACUGGUUGAGACACAGGCUGGGAAGCUGGCUAGCACGCUUUUGGAACUCGGGAUAGCACCCACGGAGAGAUUAUUCAACCCCUUGUUAAAAGCAUAUAUCGAAUCAGGGUAUGACGAGAAGGCCGAGGCUUUGAUUAAGGAAAUGAAGGACAUCUACGGCAUUACUAUUGGGCUACGGCCGCUAGGUCUGCUUGCCUACGGAAAAGCGCUAAAGAGUGACUGGCCAGCUGUGGAGGAGUACCUCCAACAGAUCCAUGAGCUGGAAUUAGACAGGUCUAGUCGCAAAAACUUUACGAAGAUUUUUGAUCGCAUAUUUCUAGAGUACUUCCUCGGAAACUCUGGUGAAAGCAUCCGGGCAUUUAUUUUCAGGGCAAUUGAGGCAUAUGGCCUAGAGAUGGAUGAUGUUCUCUUUGAACACAUUCUUAUCGCCUUUAUUCAGAAGGGAAGCAUGGAAAUGGUUGAUGAGUUUUUGCAGAUUGCGAAGGCGAAAUCAUGGAAUGUCACAUCCAACAAAGAGCACUUUAUUCACCUGUUGAGGAACCACAGAAUGACAUGCGAGAAGAGUACCGUUGGCCUAUGGCGAAUGUUCAGAUCAUCCCAGCAGAAGCAUGGGCGAGCUGGUGCCUCCCAGAGGAUACUCGGCUUUGACAGAGAUUCUUUCCCACUCGAAGAAGUCUACAAACUGCCUUGGACUGGAGAGCGAACAAUAUGGUCUGACAAAGUCAAUUCUGCGUCGACAAGUGGACGAGACGUGGACAAGUUCGUUGCUCUCCGUAAGAGAAUGAUUCACAGCAUUAACUCUGGCCGAAUGGAUGAGGCACUCGAGCUUUUUACCGUGGCUAAGGCGUCAGGCAAAGUCAUGAAGCAGAUUCAUAUAGAGCUAGCUAUUGUCGCUAGUCUUAUGCGCAAUGGAAGUGCAAAUGAGGCGCAGAGAAUUCUCGAAGAAGCCAAAAGGCUGUUCCCUGAGUUUGACAAGACAAAACUGGGGACUUUCUACAAGCAAAUCUUCGAGGUAAGGUCCAAGGAGAAAGCGUUGAAAAUGGCUGUUUUCCUAUUUUACCGGACGCUUGAAGACAACAUGCUCCCAAUAAAGCACCAUAUGACUGUUAGUGCCAGUGCAAUGCUGAUCAAGCACGGAAAACCCGGGGCUGCUCUUAGACUCUUCCGUGCAGUGAACAAGGGAAAAUAUGGUGCUACGGUACCAUUUGACGCUGUUGCUGUGAAGAUGAUUUCGAGAGCAGCUGCGGCGAGUGGGAGCCGAAGAGGGCUUCGGUGGGCCAUCUUAACAGCAAUGAGCCGAAGCUCAGCAUUACACAGAGAUCUAGUUGUGGAGCUGCAACGGUUGGUUGCACACCUCAAGUACCUGCUUGAACAACAUUCCGAGAACUCGACGCCUAACGCGGCCGACGAUGCACUCUACGAUGAACUCGAGUACCUUGAAUACCUUGUGAAGCUGCUUGACCAAAAAGAAGCUGCCCAGAGUGGCCGUGUGGAUACUAUUAAUAUGGUGCCAACUGAUGAGCUGUCUACGAGGGACCAACCCGUUCUAUCUUAUGAUACGCAUGUUCACCGCCAUGGUUCAGCUCUACGAGCUAGCGGCCUUGCUCAAACGCUUGCUAACUGGUGUGAACGGUCCGAGUUUGAAACUGCGUCUGGAAAGGAGCGAAAGGGUCCUAUUGAAAUGGACGGGUUUGUGGGCUCUAGGGGCCCCAAAAAGAUGCCAGAGCCAGAGCUGCAGCUUAGCCAUGGCUGA